AUGAGCCAUGGAUACAACACUUCACCCAUUUUCUUAUACCAAACCCACAAAUUCUUCCCAUCUCAUAUCAAUCAAGUUGCUCUCCCUCAUUUUCAUCUCAAGCUCUUGCCAUGGUUCCACCCCAAAAGCCUCCUUAAACCCCAUAAAUCUGGUUUCCCCAUUUACCCAUCAUGCUCCGUCAAAAAUUCCUUCAUCUGGACUGCUACUGAGAUUGCAGAGGCUGUCCAAGGCAGAAUAUUGAGAUGGGGACCUCCUGGUUCCGUUUGUACAGACACCAGAAAUCUAGAAUCAACCCAAUGGUUCUUCGCCAUUAAGGGCGAAAAGUUUGACGCUCACCAGUUCGUAACCCCUGAAUUGUCCCAAAGAGGAUGUGUCGGAGUGAUUGGAAAUCGAGUUUGCAAGAAUUGGGACAAGGGUUUUGUUCAGAUUAAUGGUGACACUCUGGUUUCUUUGAUCAAUAUGGCAAAUUAUGCGAGGGAGAAGUUUCUUGGUACACUAAUAGGGGUUACCGGCUGUACGGGGAAAACUACUACAAAAGCCAUGAUUGCAUUAUGUCUUGAGGGUUUAGACGAGGUUUAUCAAAGUCAUGGAAAUUGGAAUAAUAGAAUUGGGGUUGCUUUGUCAUUGAUCGGGCUUCCUAGGAGCACAAGAGUUGCAAUCCUAGAGAUGGGAAUGAGUAGAAAGGGGGAGAUUUUGGAGUUGGCAAAGAUGGGUAGGCCCAACGUAAGGGUUAUUUUGAACGUUGGUGCUUCACAUUUAGAGAAUUUUGGCAGCUUGGAGGAAGUAGCAAUGGCCAAAGGUGAGAUUUUAGAGGAAGCAAUGCCUGGGGAUGUUGUAGUUUUGAAUGCUGAUGAUCCUCUUGUAAUGGGCCUUCAUGUCCCCCGUGGAGUCAAGAAGUAA